UCUCCUUUGGACGCGCUGCCAGGCGCUUUCAGCACCACAGAGGCUGGACAGCUCCUCCGCCCGGCAGGCUGCCAAUGGCAGGCGCUCACCUGCCUGGAAGGGGAGUCUCUCUGUAACGAGAGCAGCCAGCAUAUCACACAGAGAGAGAGACACACACACACUUCCCGGCCAUGGAAGAGAGGCAGGAGCCCAAGAAGAGAGAGGACCCGCUGCCCGAUUGCUUCGCCGCCUUGGGCGCCGGCAGUCCCAAACCCCGGCAGAAGUACGGCGGCAUGUUCUGCAACGUGGAGGGCGCCUUCGAGAACAAGACGCUGGACUUCGAGUCGCUCAACGGCAACGGGAAGAGGGGCAGCCCCACGCCCAGCCGGCCCCGGUCCAGCCCCGGCUCCGAGGGCAGCAGCCGGAGGAACAGCCCGCCUCGCAGCGCGCCCCCUCUGCGCCCGCCUCCCUCCGGAGGAGCCGACCCGCUGCCCAAUGGCUGCACGCAGAGUGAUCGUCUGCUCAUCAAGGGAGGAAAGAUUGUCAAUGAUGACCAGUCGUUUUACGCCGACAUCUAUGUGGAAGAUGGUUUGAUUAAGCAAAUUGGUGAAAAUCUAAUUGUCCCUGGAGGUGUAAAAAUGGUUGAUGCUUAUGGCCAACUAGUUAUGCCAGGUGGGAUAGAUGUCCACACUAGAUUACAGAUGCCAGUGAUGGGAAUGACCUCUGCUGAUGACUUCUAUCAAGGCACAAAAGCAGCUCUUGCAGGAGGAACCACAAUGAUAUUGGAUCAUGUAUUUCCCGAGUCCGGAGCAAAUUUGCUGACUGCAUAUGACCAAUGGAAAGAGUGUGCUGAUAGUAAAGCGUGUUGUGAUUAUUCUUUGCAUAUUGACAUCACACGUUGGCAUGAGAGCAUAAAAGAAGAGUUGGAGGCUCUUGUCAAAGACAAAGGUGUGAACUCUUUUCUUGUCUUCAUGGCUUAUAAAGACAAACUCCAGUGCACUGAUGCUCAGAUGUAUGAGAUAUUCAGUAUUAUUCGAGAUCUGGGCGCCAUUGCUCAAGUACAUGCUGAAAACGGAGACAUCAUUGAUGAGGAGCAAAAAAGACUGUUGGAAUUGGGGAUUACUGGUCCAGAGGGUCAUGUUCUCAGUCAUCCUGAAGAGGUUGAAACGGAAGCAGUGUACCGUGCUAUUACAAUAGCGAAACAAGCCAAUUGCCCUUUAUAUAUCACAAAGGUCAUGAGCAAAGGGGCUGCCGAUGUCAUAGCCCAAGCCAAGAGAAAAGGCACUGUUGUAUAUGGGGAGCCUAUCACCGCCAGCCUUGGUACCGAUGGCUCACAUUACUGGAGUAAGAACUGGGCCAAAGCAGCUGCUUUUGUGACCUCUCCUCCCCUUAGUCCAGAUCCCUCCACACCUGAUUACCUCACCUCGCUCUUAGCAUGUGGAGACCUUCAGGUGGUUGGCAGUGCCCACUGUACCUUCACCACUGCACAGAAAGCUGUUGGGAAGGAUAACUUCACCCUGAUUCCAGAAGGAACGAAUGGCAUUGAGGAACGAAUGUCCAUCAUUUGGGAAAAAUGUGUGGCAACAGGGAAGAUGGAUGAAAAUGAAUUUGUCGCAGUGACCAGUACAAAUGCAGCAAAGAUUUUCAACUUUUACCCCAGGAAAGGGCGGGUUGCUGUUGGUUCAGAUGCUGAUUUGAUUAUUUGGAAUCCUAAAGCUACAAAGAUUAUCUCUGGAAAAUCUCACAACAUGAAUGUGGAGUACAACAUAUUUGAAGGAACAGAAUGCCGUGGUGUCCCUACUGUGGUUAUAAGCCAAGGAAAGGUUGUGUUGGAAGAUGGCAACCUCUUUGUCACCCAGGGCGUUGGCCGCUUCGUUCCUCGAAAGACGUUCCCUGAUUUCGUUUACAAAAGAAUAAAAGCAAGAAACAGGCUGGCCGAAAUUCAUGGUGUUCCUCGUGGGCUUUAUGAUGGGCCCGUGCAUGAUGUCAUCGUAACUGCAAAAACUGUGGCACCAACUCCUACCUCAAGAAUAGCCACCUGCUCAGGCAAAAUACAGAUUCCUUCAGUCCGUAACCUGCAUCAGUCAGGUUUCAGUUUGUCUGGAUCUCAGACAGAUGACCACGUUGCAAGACGUACUGCGCAGAAGAUUAUUGCUCCCCCAGGUGGACGCUCCAAUAUCACAUCUCUGUCUUAAUAAUUUACGAUUUGAUUACGAUUUGAUUAUGGCCACACUCAGCUACAUAUAAACCUUUUUUUAAAGUCCUGUAGCUUAAAUCUCUUUCUGACUUAGAUGGGACUUUAAAAAUACUUACUGUUGAUCAAUUUGUGGCCUUGAUUUUCAUUGAGGCAGACGGAUUAUGGAGUAAUUCCCUUUAAAUUGUCAAUAAUUCUUAGACGCCUCUGCCUUUUCUGCACUCCCCAAGUACCUGUUGCUUUAUAAACUAAAAUGACCAAGUGUUUAUAAAGUGAAAUUGCCAAGAACAUUACAUUUGAUAUUUUAUACUGCCAGUUCAAAGGACUUGGUUGGGAGUGUGCCCCGCAGGAAUACGAACAUGAUUUUACUUCUUACUCAGGAUAAAAAAUUUCCCCGCCUGUUGUUCUCUAGGUAAAAAUGAAUACACUUAUUCCCCAUGUACAGUUCUCAUCAAGUAUUAUAAAUAUAUCUCCAGAGUUGCAGGAUAUCUUCAGAGACAUGCAUGUAAACAUGUACACUUCUAGUGAAGUACUUUUGAAUCGUGUUCAGCUGAACUGUUAGCUGUGUCUUAAAUUACAACUAAGACAUAUCUCUUAAGUAUUUUGGUCUAUCAGUGAUUCAUGCUGUUUCUGUAAUAUUGAAUUUUGCUAGGAAUGACCUUUGUACUGUUUUAACACAAAAACUUGUUCUUUGUUUGUUUUUAUUGAGAAAACUUACUUAGAUAACACUGACUAUUCAGCUUCCAUGCUACCAUGCAGAUAAAAUGUGAUAUGUUUCUCCUUAACUGCAGUUAGCUAUUAUGUCAAAAUGCUUAAACCUUGCUUAAGGAUAGCCUGGGAGAUUGGAAGAUGAAAGCAUGAUUUGAAGUAGGUUUUCAAGCCAUGGUUUGAAUAAGCCAUGAUUAAGUAAUACUUCAGCACCAAAUAAACUGUGAUUAAACUCC